UUGUCAGAGUAUCCGUCUGAUGCUGAUGUCACGGCCCGUGUCAGGAGGGAAGAGGACAGAGCAUUUUGGAGCGGACUGAGUUAGCAACAUCGAGACAACACAACAACAUCAAGAUGAUGGUCAACACUGUGAGGUUUGCUCUGGUUGUUGUUGGUGUCUUUGGAUGGUCUAUGAUGCUCCCCUCUGCCACCCAAGUGGGUCUGAGCAACAAAGUCCUGGUGUUCCCUUACGAGACCGACUUCAGCUUCGUGUCCCUGAUCCCUCAGAAGGAGAUGGGGCUGAGGGCCUUCACCCUCUGCAUGCGGGUGGCCACGGAGCUGCCUGAGGACCGUCAGAUCAUCCUGUUCGCCUACCGCACCGCCGACUACGACGAGCUGAACGUGUGGCGUGAGAGCGACGGGCGCGUCUCCUUCUAUAUGAGCGGCGACGGCAUCUUCUUCCACCUGCCGCACAUCACCACCUUCCGCACCAGCCUCUGCCUCACCUGGGACUCUCGCACCGGCCUCUCUGCCUUCUGGGUGGAUGGGAAACGCAGCACCUACCAGGUCUACAAACCCGGGCACAGCAUCCGUCCCAAAGGCUCCAUCCUCCUGGGGCAGGAUCCAGACAAACACCUGGGGGGUCUGGAGGCCGGGCAGAGCUUCGUUGGCGAGAUGGCGGAUCUGAACAUGUGGGACUUUGUGCUCUCCAGGAGCAUGAUCCAGGCCUGGCACUACGGACACAGGGUGCCCAAGGGAAACGUCUUCGACUGGGGCACCAUGGAGUACGAGCUGAACGGGAACGUGAUGGUGGUGGAUGAUGACUGACUGGACGUGGAGUCGGGGGCAGAGAGGAAACAGGCUUUAGAGAUCUGUGUUGGACUGAUACUGAUGUGUGGUUUUCUUUCUUAGAUUCAGUACUGUUUCAUGUUAGAGCCCUUUAACUGAGCUUCCAAAAACACAACAACUCUCAGUUUAAUUUGACAUUAAGGAACGGUUGAUCAUUAAUGGAUUAUUUGAAAGGCAUAUCCUACAAAAGACCAGGAGCCCGAAGUGUCCUCAAAAAUAACCGCGAUGAUACAUAUAACGACCACAGAGAGACUGUUUAAACCGCUGCAAAGAGACACAAGGGACCAGGCAAAGGGACGCCCCAAAAGGGCAAAACAACCCUGUAAAAAAGAGACACAAACAACAACAACCAUUGCAAAACAACUACAAACAGAUGUAAAAUGACUAAACACAGUGACAAAAAAACGACAUAGAACCAAACACAGAUGCAAAAAACAGGAUGACUGCAAAGUGCACAGCCACAGACAAAAAUAAAUUAAAACGAUCACAAAACAGACACAAAAUAACAAAAAGGCUAAACAACUAUAACUCGUGUGUCUGGCUCCUAUGACGGAGAGGUGUUGGGGCCUUUUUCAUGUCUGUGCCCAGGGGCCAAUUCGUUCAUCCCCCUCCCAUGCGCUUGGUUAAGAACGUAGAAAGGAGUAGUGUUUCAGUAUAUUGACUGAGAAACCUCCUAUGCAGUAAUCUGUCAUUAUUUUAGACAACAAAAUGCACUAGCCAAAAACAAAAACAAAUAUUUGAGGUGAAUUUUUUAUCAAAAUGUACAUCAGAGGACUUUUUCCAAACGGUACCUCAGUUUAAGAUCCUUGUUUCAAAAGUUAGCAUUUUAUUUGUUUUUGUCUUCUUUGUGUCUCCAAGCUUCAUCCUUUUUGAAAGACCAACCUCUAAAUAUGGAGCUUUAAAUGUUGACGUGCCAGUUGCAUCCAUAGGGUGGCACUCUGCACUAGUUCACAUCAAACAGAAACGUGUGUCAAGUGAAGCGUUAUCAUGCAUCUGCUACUGUGAUAUAGUUAUGAACCGAAGUCCACCAAUUACUGAUUACGAUCUGCUGCUAUAAUGUCUUCAAAACUAUUUUUCCAAAAACCUUUAAUGUGUUUUUAAUGGAAAACUAAAAUGCCAAAAAUACAGGUUCAAUUCAAAUCAAAUCUUUUUUGGUCAGAAUUGCAAAUACAGUAAUUAAUCAAAUGAAAUCCCCAAACCGUCAUGCAUUCAGAUAGUACAAUUUAGUUUGUCCAAUGAUAUUGAUGAAAAUAGGAAGUGGGUAUUAAAACACUGAGAUGCGUUAUUUCUUAAUGAUUUACUGCACUCAGAGACAAAUAGCAAUUAUCAUGUUUAAUAUCCACCGCCGUAAUGUUGCCUCCGGUUAGCGUAUACUCACUCAUGAAUUUCACAUGUUUCCACUGAUGUAAGAACCCUUUUGGGUCUGAAAUAAAACCUUGCCAUGUGCAUAACUAAUAAUGUUUGUAAUUAAAGGGAAUAUUUCAUCUUUGAA